GCGGCCUGUUCGCGGCUCUGUGCCACACACACCGCACACACGCUCCGCCCUCAUUUUACCGGGUGUCUUCUCCCUCACAACUCUGCAUCGAAGAUGGUGGUGUUCUACAACGACCUCAACAAGGUGGCGAGGGACAUCCUCAGCGAUGACUACAGCUUGAAGCGAACGCUUAAGAUGAAGCACACCACCCCGCACGGCGUGACGGUCACCGCCAAGAGCGAGCACAGUAAGGGCGUCAACGGCGCGUUGGAGGCCAAGUUCUUCCACGCCAAGUCUGGGGUCUCCAUCGACAAGGCGAAGCUCAACCCCGACGGCAGCAUGGGGCUGGAGGCGUCCAGGAGGGACAUCGCCAAGAACGUCAAGCUUGUCGCCAAGGUGAACGACGUGCUUAAGGGUGAGGUCAGCAUGGAGCACACGGUAGGCAAGUCGUCCACGCGGGCGACACUUGACGUGGAGGGCAACUGGAUGAGGACCUCCACGUGCAUGGCCGUGGGCUCCUCUCUCUUGGUCGGCGCCCAGGGCGACUUCAUCGUGGGCGCACCCAAGGAUUCCGCCCUCAAGUCCUACAGCGUCGGCGCGGCCACCGGCGGGUCUCGCUGGGGCGCGAGCCUCACCUGCACGAACGCGAUGCAGACUUACAACGCAUCGGGUUUCUACAUCCUGCAGCCCAACCUUGUGGGCUCCGUCAUGGCGGUGACCACGCCCGAGAAGAGCGAGACCAGCUUCGAGGCCGGCGUGAGAUACCAGUGCAACCCCAAGACCACCGUUCGCGCCAAGGUGAACUCGAACGGCUUGGUGCAGGCGUGCGCGGUCAACCGGUGCGCCGACAAGGUGGCCGUCACCGUCACGGCUGCGGCUGCCAAGAACGACACAACCCCCAAGUUCGGACUCUUGUGCGCGUUGGGCUAGACGUACCGCCCUUGGCGGUGCCAUGAUGCCAUGCCAUCGCUGGUCACCCCGGGGAAGCGAUUUCGACGGCAAGACGUAGGGCGGGGAUUUUUGCGGACGGAGGAGGAGGAGGCGGAGGAAGAGGAAUUUGCCGCGCACAAGGACAGAUCACCCUUGUCUUGUAGCAGCACACUUUUCUUCACAUUUGGCGUUGACGGUGCCCGACAGACGGGGGUGUCAAGGGGGGGGGAGGGACCAUACACCGAGAUUUUUCUGCCCCAGAAGGGUUUAAUAUGUGACGCUGGAUAGAGCCUCCCAGGGGUUGUGCAACGACGAUAUGCAGAUUAUACAUUCAUCUCUUACGCUAGCCGAGAUCCAUCUGAAGGCAUGCUAGGCUGCCCGACUUGAAACAAAUCGAGCAUUGAGACGUGCCGAUGGCCGUGGCGGGGGCUGUGCGCUCGGUGCUUGUGCUUCCAAGUCCUGUGCCUCUGUGAUUGCACUUCGUGUUGCAUAUUUUGAGGCAUGUCUUGAUUUCCUUGCGGUUUUCCGCCGAUAGGCGAACAAACCCCGUUUUGAGUCGUGGAGUCGUCGUAUGUUUCUUUCACGACUACAUUCGCUCGUGGUUCUAUGUUUACUUGUGGUUGACGUCGAUAAACGGAGCGGGUGUGUGUUUCAAGAAGUUUUUGCGGUGAGUUAAGAGGCAUGUGUGUGUGAGCUGUGCUCAUUUGUGCAACAUCCAGGGUAGGAGGAGCCACAGAUGAAAGGGUGGCGUGUGAUGUUCCAAAAUUCUUUCUUUUUCGUCGUGGGAGCUUGAAUGAAUGUAUUCCCUCGCUAGGCUGAGGAAACAUGAUAGGUCUCACUACACGGUUCAUGCUUACUAGCUCGCACGCUUUCUAUCGCCUGACCACUGCUGGCUACGCUUGGCCUGUGAGCUAUUUUUUCACGAACAUGCUUGACGUUUCUUGUCCACGUUAUCCUCCGUGCUCGUAAUAUUCGUGACUGCUGUAAGGUACUGAAUCAAUCUGUUCACUUGGUAUUUUGACACCUGUGGUCGUUUGUUGUUUUUGUUCCGUCUCUCGAUCACAAGGGCGUGGCGGGCCCCACUUUACUGCCGGUGAAGGUCAAGAACGGCUAGUCUAGAGGAGAGCCUUCUCCAGGCUCUUGCCAACGAGUGGGACACACCUUUAGAGCAAAGUGAUUGCAAUAUGCACGAAACAUUUCCAAUCCAUGCCCCAACCGCAGCACGCAAAAAACAUGUGAAGCAGUGUGUACCUCACAACGCUUUCUGGAGGGGGGGGGUGUACUCAUAGUCGUGCAUGCCGUAGUCGUUAGACCAUUGACCUCGCAUCCCUACAAAGCCGGGACGGAGCACGCCGGGUUCUCACCGGACCAGGCUCUCACAUCACCAAGCGCGAAGCGCCGUGAGAUAUUCGGCGAGUCGCAUGAAGGGUGCGCUGCAUCCUGCUAAGGGUGUUCGGCAUCUUGUGCUUACUUCCUUGCGUACGGAUGACAGCUGCGUAUGACUUAAUUUACUUUCUGGUGCUUUCACUUCCAGAGACAGUUGUAAGCACUGUGUAACUGCCUCGAGGGUGCUUGACCAUUUUAACACAACGUGGUGCGAUCAUCCCCCUUGCGCGGAGCGAGGGUUCUCCACCCCGCACAACAUGAUCUACUCGACCACCAUUAUGGUUACCGCCAAAAAAAAAAAAACGGAGGUAAAAAAAAAAAAAACGGUAACCUGGUUGCCGAGUUCACGAAGUGAAUUGGCUUGUUUUACAACGUCUUUGCCAAGCGACGAAAACCCAAUCCCGAUGGCAAACACCGGGGGGGGCGGCUUGUUUUACAACGUCGUUGCCAAGCGACGAAAACCCACUCCCGAUGGCAAACACCGGGAGGGGCGGCUUGUUUUACAACGUCGUUGCCAAGCGACGAAAACCCAACCCCGAUGGCAAACACCGGGGGGGGGUGCUUUCUGGAGGGGGAGGGGAAGUUUCAGCCACCGCCCUCUGCUCCAUGUGCGUAUGUAUCCCGGAGGCAGAGGGCCCAGACCACUUACUUGCACUAAAUAAUACUGUUGACCUGCACGCCGAUACAAAAGGCUUGUCGGGGUGACCGGUGAGGUUUACCUGCCGCACACUCCAGAGAUUCAAGUGCCUACGUACAUGGGAGUCUACCCUAUGUAGACUACCGUAAACGUCGGUGUUUCCCCCCCAAAAUAGUCCCCUCCCCCCUACCCCCUCCCGGUGUUUCCCCCCCGCAAUCUAGACUUCAGUGGGUUGGCGCUGUUGGCAAAGCGCUGUAAAACACGCCACCCCAAAUAUAGCCCCCAUAGUAUGCGCUACAAAAGACGCGUGACGCAUGGAUGCGUGGAGUGAGGAUUGCUUACGGAAACCUCACAGGUUGAGUGAUGUAGGAGAUUGCCGGACACAUAGACGUGUUGGAGUGAUUUUAGCUGUAUACUGAAACCCCACGGAAAGGGGAGGUUUGAGAUUGCCAGACACAUAGACGGGUUGCGCGGGGAUAGCUGCUGGAACCCCACGGGUUGAGUGAUGUUGGAGUGCCGGACACAUAGACGCGUUGAAUGAGGAUAGACACAU